UUUGAAAUCUUGAAUUCCCCGCGCGGGGGAAGCUGCAUGGCGCGGUUUAUCAAAACAUGUCAUGGCGCCAAAAUAAUAUGAGAGCCGAUCUCAGUGAUUGGAAGUGACACUCCUAUUAGAACACAAGCGUUAAUAUACUUUGAUAAACCUUUGUUAUACUGUGGCUACACAUGAGGCAAGAUGCACGAGGACCAGCAGCCAGCAGGGGAAGGGCAGAGACGCCUCAGCUGACGAACGUCAACAAGCUUGGCGCCCACCACACCGUCUGGAGCCACGAGGGUGUUGUCCGCGGGAUUACGGCUGGGAUGGAUCUUGCGGCGGAGUCUGGGAAGUGCAGGUAUGACAAAGAGAAUGCCAACACAAGCAUGAAGUGUGCCCGCUGGAGCCUUGGUGGUGAUGUUGGCACCAAUCCGCCCCUCCUGGCUGACAUGGGGCUGGCGGUGCUGCAGGAUGAGGAAGCCUCCUGCCAUGCCCCCUCCUCCUCCCCUUCCCCCUUCUCUAAUCUAGGUCAUGUGACCAGUGCCUCUCCCUCUCACAAGGUUCUGCAGCAUGUUAACCAGAAUGUAAGAAAUCAGGACUUCUUGACUGAAAACUCCACCAGCUCAACAGAGUUCUUUGUUUAUAAGCGCAGGAAAUUAGACAAUUUUAGUGGAGAUGACAAGUUCAACAGAAUGUCUGAUGAACUAAUUCUGGCAGUGUUGCGUUGGCUCCCUAAGUUUAUGCUGGCCAGGUGCGCACAGGUGAGCAGACGCUGGAAGAGGCUGGCCUUUGACGAGUCAUUAUGGCGAAGACUUGAUCUCGGUGGCAAGACACUGAAGCCGGGAGUGGUGGGUCGUGUCAUCCUCCGAGGGUGUGUCAUUCUCAGGCUAGCCAAGGCAGAGGUGGGCACGCCGAUUUUCUCACCCCAGCUACAACAUCUGCCCACUUUGCUGCCAGUGAGGAGCAAGCUACAGUAUCUGGAUCUCAGCAUGGCAGUCAUCCAGCCACAGGCUCUGGAAGAAUUGCUGAGUGUGUGUUUUGAUCUGAAAAAGUUAAGCUUAGAACAUUGCACCUUAACCCAGAGUGUUUGCUCAUACAUUGCAAAGAAUGCCUCACUGGAGACCCUUAACCUUGCCAUGUGUUAUGGCCUGUGCCAUUCCUACAUUGUUGAGAUCCUGACACAAUGCAAAAGAUUGCAUUGCUUGAAUCUAGCCUGGACGGGACUGAGCUCAGAGGAUCUUCGGGUGAUUUGUCGUCGCUUCCCUGCCUCUCUGGAGCGGCUCAACUUGUCAGGCUGCCGCAAUACUCUCUCAGAUUCACAUGUCCGCCUUCUAUCAGAGCAGAGCAGCGGACUGGUAGAGUUAGACGUGAGUGAUGCUACUCAACUCACUGCCAGUGCUGUGUCUUCCAUCAUCAAGCACCUUACCCGGGCUGAGUAUCUUGCUUUCUCCCGCUGCUAUGCCAUCCAGCCAGACACCUACCUAGAGCUGAAAGCCAUGCCAAACUUAUUGUACUUGGAUUUGUAUGGCAUCUUGAAUGACAGUGCCUUGAACACCCUGCGGCAGUCUCUCCAACACAUCAAGAUCAACAAGUAUCUGUUCUCGUCCGUGGCUCGACCCACAGUUGGUAUCCGUCGAACCUCAGUGUGGGGAUUGAGGGUCAGAGACUGAUAGUGUCUCAUUGAGGGCUUGUUUGUGGGCGAGAACAUCUACUGUUCUUGGUGUGAGUUGCUGCUAUGCAGUAGUAAAGUCAUUCUUUCAAUUCCUUCCUCACACACAGAUGCCCUUGGGACCUGCCGAGCUGAGCCAGUCAUCGAUGAAUGGGUGGUGAGUGUGGCUUAUCAAAUGUGUUCACUAUGUGAUAAUGUGCUUGAUUCUAAUGUUUUGCUAUUAAGGGUUGUAAUAUUGUUUAAGUUUAUUGUAAAGACUAAAGAGGAAAUAUAAGUUGUCUUACCAGCUCAGCAGGCUACUCUCAGUACAGUGUGAGUCAGCACUGCUCAUCUGUAGCUUGUUGAUAGAUGAGGUAAGAAAGCACCAGUGUUGUUAAAAUCCAAGUGUGUUAAUUAGUGCCUUAGUUAUUAGAGAAGCAAACUUAAAAUAAUUUAUUCAAUUUUUUCUACCUGUUACAGCAAAAUGAUAUUUGGCUUGCACCUUGAGGUCACCGACACAGUCUUUGUGUAUGUGUCUUGGUAUUCAGUAAGAGAUGAUUGUGCCAGGUACAAGCACAGUGAGUUAUUGUAAGUUUUCAUUUCCAUCUUAAUUAUAAAUGGAUGUAUUGUGUGACUAGUGCAGAAAGGCACAGUGUUGUACCAAAGAUGUACUGAACAUGUACAGAGAUAUGACCUUUUACUCAGCUGUAAACCAUGAAGACCCUUGUACAUAGACACACAUACUACCACAUGAGGCAUCCUGUGGGGAAAGCCAGUUGUUGACUUAUCAGUUCAUAAUCUUAUAAAGUUUGCUGGAAUUUUACUGUAUCUUCCUUUAAAGAUAACCCGGAAUUGUGCAAAUUAGUUGGAAAAAAAUGUGAUAAGUUGUGAAUUAUAAGUUUAAUAAUAGUACUGUAUUAAUGGUAUUCAGUAAAGGGCUGAAGAAUAAAAUGUAUCAAUUUAUUAAUAUACUAAUUAGGAGAAGCAUAAUGUAUUUGAGUUUGCUAUGGUGCUGUCCCACUGGAUGGUCUCCAGUCACAUAGAAUACUGACGAUGGCAUUUAUAUUAUAAACGAAGAGUCUGUGGGUUGUAAAUACACCCCUUUGUAAUUUUAUAAGCAUUAUUGUCAGGGUCUUGGUGAGGAAGGUGUUUUGAUGGAAUCCCUUGUACAUAUUAGUUGCCUUGUCCAGCCUGACACCACCUUGCAGGGAGAGGUGCCUUGUUCCACUGCCAUUGUCUCCAAGCUCAUUCUCAACAGUUGAUGUUUUAUUUUUAAUCAUUUAAGAUAUGUUUGAUAGAAGACUGUAUUAUAUUUGAAAUUGAAAGAAGUUGGCAUACAUUUUCUUUUUUACAAA